AGCUUCCUUGCAGCAGAGUUUCUGCUUUUCUGCUUCUGCCACUCGUGGCUUUGUCAUUCGGAGAGGAGCCAGAGCGGAGCAGAUUCCUCGAAAUACAUUGGUUGUCCCGGACUCCGUUGGGAUACAUGCUCGGAAUUUGCCUUGACUUUAAGAAAUUUUACUGUUUGUGGAGGAUGUUCUGAAUCUUGCAGCCAAGCAGCAUUUCAGAGCCAUCGCUACCUAAUACGAAUCUUCAUCUCCCAGCUACAUUCCAGAAGAUCGAGGUGCCCAAGCAAAUUUGCAAGUUUUGUUCUGUUUGGUCGUCUCAGGAACCUCACAACAUUUCCUAUCAAAAUUUGCCCCCAGAAAGAAUGCACCUCCUUGCCUUUCAGUUCUUCACCAGAUUGGCUCUGUUCAAGGUGCAGGAAGGUGGAUAAAGUACAAGACAGCAUUCUGGAAACCUCCUUCCUGCAUUUUUUAAUGGAUUUCUCCCAUCUGCUUAAACUGUUCACCUUUGUGCAAUCAGAAACAUCCUAGGACUUGACUUUGAGAAUGAACGGUGAUGUUCUCUAGCCAUUCAUAACGUCGUUCAGCACCCACCUUCCACCUGAAGUUCCAAGUCAAUGUAUCGUGGCUGACUCUUGGAUCUUCUGCAAAGAGAGGCUCACUAGAGGCUGAUGACAGUCAGCUAUGACUGUCCAGAAACUGGUAGCUACAGCUGUGUUGGUGGCUCUAGUCUCACUUAUUCUCAACAACGCGGCUGCCUUCACUCCCAACUGGGUGUACCAGACCUUGGAGGAUGGGCGCAAGCGCAGCGUGGGGCUGUGGAAGAUGUGCUGGCUAGCAGAGAAGGGAAAAGGAAGCGUGGGCACAGGUGCCAGGCACAGCCAAGGGGAGGAGCGUGGAUGUGAAUCCUUGAGCUGGGGUUCAGAGCCAGCUGGGUUCCAGGAAUCUCGUAGCACCGUCAAACUGCAGUUUGACAUGAUGCGGGCCUGUAAUAUGAUCGCCACAGUCGCUUUGACAGCUGGUCAGCUCCUCUUCAUGUUGGGCCUGGUGGAACUGCCCAUCAUUUCCCAGGAUACCCAGUGGUGGGAGGAAGCCAUCGCUGCUGUGUUCCAGCUUGCCAGUUUUGUGCUGGUAAUUGGGAUGGUGACAUUCUACCGCAUCGGACCGUACACCAGCCUGUCCUGGUCAUGUUACCUGAACAUCGGUGCAUGCCUCCUGGCCACAGCAGCUGCUGCCAUCCUUAUAUGGAACAUAAUUCACCGACGGGAGGACUGCAUGGCACCACGAGUCAUUGUCAUCAGCCGUACUUUAACGGCUCGUUUCCGACGUGGCUUGGAGAAUGACUAUGUUGAGUCACCAUGUUGAGAAGCCACGCGUGGAAGUGGAGACUCACCAGGAAAGUUUUACAAAUGGAUUGUUUUCUAUAAAUACAGCAUGUAAUUUAAAAGUAUAAGAGGGAUUAAAGAAGCCCAACAUUAUUAACAAGAUGGGCCAAACCGACAUAUGUAUGUACAAUAUACACCAUCCCUCUCCAAAGAUGUACAGUGUAAAAAUAGUAACAGCUCAUCUACCUUGAUGCAACUUUGAGCAAUGGACAAGGAGACUGAAACUAUGGAAGACUAAAAGUAGUUUGGUUAUGGAAAUGGGGGUGGGAGAGACAAUCCAAUAUUCCAAGCUCAGUUCUUGUUUUCGAGAAUGUUCUGAGAGAAGAACAAGGGCUUAGCUAUUUACCCUUUCUUGGGUAAUUGCAUCUAAGAGGAGGCAACUACUUGGCCCAAGUCCCUUUUGCUAUCCACUUCACAAAAUCUGAAGUGCUUCAGUAAUAUUUCACUUUGUCAAAGGCUUUAGGUAACAAUUGGAUGCAAAAAUAGUGUGGCUAUUCCUGUGUCAAAAAUUGGCAAAUGCUACAAACCCAGAAUUUACUGGCAAAAGUCUGCCAUUUGUAAUGGGAAGAGUUGUUUUAAUGAGAGCGAGAGAGAGAGAAUGAAAAAUUAAGCUUUCAAGUGUAUCUUCUUUAAACUCAAUGUUUCAGAAAUCUAUGAACUCCACUAAACUGCAAGCUAGGACAUAUGUUUUAAAGCCCACCACCCCGUAAUAUGCUUCAUUUAAAUGGUUAUGCUGGCAACAUUCUUAGGGGGGAAUUUUAGUUGCUGUAAACAGCUACUGAAUAGUGUGCAUAAUGAUCAACCUAACAGUUAAACCAUCUCCUUUUUGCUGUGUAUUAUCAUAGGUGGUACUAAACUAGCAGAUCCACCUCUAGAUCUAGAUGAUUUUUAUGUCAAUCAAAAUAUGAACGAAAGUACUGAAGCUUGGGGGGCAGGGGGAAUGCUGCCCAUUGAAGAUAAAUUAGUCCUAAUUAAUCAGAUGGGAGUGCCAGGCCAGGUCAUUGUCUUGCAACAGCAGGAUAUCAGUCUAUUAAGUAUACAUACCAUUGACAAAUGCUAAUUGCUCAAUGGACAGAACCUCCUUAUAUGUCAUCAGCAGACUAAAGACAAUGGAACGAGGAGGAGGAAGGAAGUGCUGACAUGUCACAACUGACUUAUGGCGACCCCAGCAAGGGGUUUUCAAAGCAAGAGAGGAGCAGAGACGGUUUGCCAUUGCCUUCCUCCACGUAGCAACCCUCGUCUUUCCUGAUGGACUCCCAUCCAAGCACUAACCACUGCCGACCCUGCUUAGCUUCUGAGGUCUGAUGAGAGCUGGGUGAGCCUGCACUACAUAGGCUGCUCAGUGGAAGAAAGAAUCAGAGGAGAGGUGGAAAUGACAUCUAAGUAAUCUGAACAGAAGAUAUUACUCUACUGAUGGGUCCCCUUAGCACACUAUUUGAGAACCACUAGAGAUACAACCACAGGCAUACUAUUGGGAGGAGGAGUGGAUGAUAGAGCUGUGAGCCUGCUCUGAGACUCCUGCUUGAACUCUGCACUCUUUUUUGUAUUUCAUCACCUCCUUCUCCACACACACACACCACUACAUUUUCUUCAUAAAAGAAUCAAGCUGGCUCUUGUGAGUUUCAACAUUAACAUAGUUUGGGUUUCAAAUAAGAGGUGCAGACAAAGUUGACACUCAGCACCUAGACCAAGAACCAGCUAUGGACUGUACAAACUUGUGGGACAUAUGCAGCCCCACAAAGAAUUAUAUCCAUGGGCUCAGCCCCUCAAAGAAUUAUAUCCAUGGGCUCAGAAUACUGAGAAUAUCAGCUUUCACUUACUGUAGCUCUCCCAAACAUUAACAUGAACACAACUAGAGAAGGAUCGCAUUAAGUAAAUAAACAGGGCUGUCAAGAGCCUCCAAAUAGUCACCCAUUACAUUUAGGCCCACUUCCAAUUCACAUAAAACUGUCAUAAUCCUCAGCUAGAAUGGUUAUGUUUCUACUAUAUCCCAAAGGCACAUUGCCAAGUAGCCCCAAAUAUUAUAUCCCUGGUGCCCCCCUCACAGCAGUUCUGGAGAUACGAUAAUUCAUUUCCACUUCCCAACAGUCAUGAGUACCGGGUCUGUAUGUUAAGAUCUUUCUGAAAAGAACCUAUGUCAGUAUAAGAAUAAUACAGAACAAGUGCCACAUAUACAUAGUACAGAAUCCCCAGCACCAUGAAAAGUGACAUAAAAUUUGUUCUUGAAAACAUAAUCAUGCAGUUAACUGCAAAUCUGAUAGCAAGUUAUGGUUCUGUGAGCUGAGAAUGUCGCCUGUUUCUCUCCUUGACUUCAGGUGCCCACCACAGCCCACCCCUCCCCAGUGAGUCUCCAGAGUUGUUUAACAAUGUCUCGUGAAAACCAUCUCCCUGGGAUGACAGAUAAAUCAUAUUGUCUUCCCAUUUGCCAGGCUUGCUUUCUGGAAAAGCCCUGUAUUUCCUGGAAAAAAAAUGUGCUCUAACAAACUGCAAUUUUUUAAAAGGUAAAAAAUAUUGGAAUAUUUAAGACAUGUUAUUUCUCUACUAUUGCAAUAAUCAUAUUAUUAUUAUAAUAAUGUGAAAUUAAAACCAAUAUUGACCAUGUGGUCAAUUCCACUGUA